AGAUGAGCACCGCCCCCUAGAGUCAGGCAUGAUGGACUUCACAUCAAGGGGAAACCUUUACCUUUACAAAAGUCUCAGCAUGAUGACCAAAACCCUCAGGACACCAAACCAAUGACAUGCAAACCAAGGUGCUGCCAUGUGCUUAGACUGGGAAGAACUGGGUUCAGCCCCUCUUUGGCCAUGGUGCUUGGCUGAUGCUGAGCUGAGCUGAGCUGAGCUGAGUCCCUGCCUCUCGGCCUGCCCUACCUUCUCAGGGAAGCAGCAUGUCGAAAAGGAAUGAGCGGAUCUCUGCCCCUUCUCUUCCUAGGCGAAGAGGCUCUGAUCCCUUGCCAGGAUGCCCUUGGUGAAGAGGAACAUCGAACCUCGCCACCUCUGCCGAGGAGCGCUUCCCGAUGGGGUGACCAGCGAGCUGGAAUGCGUGACCAACAGCACCUUAGCAGCCAUCAUCAAACAGCUGGGAAGCCUCAGCAGACAUGCUGAAGAUAUUUUUGGAGAACUCUUCAAUGAAGCCAAUAGCUUCUACAUGCGGAUGAAUUCGUUGCAGGAGCGAGUGGAUCUUCUGGUGGUCAAGGUGACUCAGUUGGACUCCACAGUGGAGGAAGUCUCGUUGCAGGAUAUCAACAUGCGGAAAGCAUUCAAGAGCUCCACGAUUCAGAACCAGCAGGUUGUGUCUCGCAACUCCAUCCCAAACCCUGUGAUGGAGAUGUACCAGCGUUGCGAUAAACCUCCACCGCUGAACAUCCUCACGCCUUACAGAGAUGACAAGAAAGAUGGCUUAAAAUUCUACACGGACCCUUCCUAUUUCUUCAACCUGUGGAAAGAGAAGAUGUUGCAGGCAACCGAGGAUAAGAGGAAAGAAAAACGCAGGCAGAAGGAGCAGAGGCUGGUAGAGGACUCCACCCGGGAAGUGAAGAAAGUGCGGAAGGCUCGCAACCGGCGCCUGGAGUGGAACAUGAUGGCGUAUGAUAAAGAAUUCCGGCCCGAUAGCAGGUUCUCACCAUCCCCAUAUCACAUGGCCUCAUCGGAAGGAUCACUGUCCCCGGGCAAUAGAUCUUACGCAUCCGAUGCAGCCGAUCACUCAUACCCGGCCAGUCCCAACCACCCCGCCCAGCAGAUUGCGGCCCCUGCCUCCCACCAGUCCUCGGACAACAAGGAGGUCAUCCUGGUGGCUAGCCAGGCCCAGGAGCAUGUCUUCAGGCCCCCGGCUGCAGGGAGUCGGCAGAACAGUCUCAACCGGGUCCAGCAGCCCCAUGUGCCACAGCCGUCAGAGACUAUGCUAAAUGGACCGCGACCUCAGAUAGUCAAGGAUUAUGGCCCCCAACAGGUGCCGAUGAUGGAGUACUUCGUGCCCCCCGCCCCCCCCCCCCCUCCCCCGGUCAUCCCCUCUGCUCAAACGGCCUUCGACAGCCCCAUCUCGGCCCCCCCUGCCAUGGCGCCCAGCGCAGCCGCUGUGGGGACGCACGCCUACGCUCCCUCUCCCCCUCCCGCUCCACCCUGCCCCUACUCCGCUUCCCCCCCCCCCACGGGCCCCAUGGGGCCUCCCGUCGCACCACCCCCUCCUCCCCCUGGCCCCCCCACAGGCACCGCCUCACCAGCCCACUCCGCGUCCCCCCCUGCCGUCACGGCCGAGCCGCGGAAGCCGCAGGUCUCCCUGAUGCCCAUCAGCGAUGCCCGGAGCGACCUGCUGGCUGCCAUUCGCCGGGGCAUCCAGCUCCGGAAGGUCCAGGAGCAGUGGGAGCAGGAGGCGAAGAAAGAGCCCGUGGGCAAUGACGUGGCCACCAUCCUCUCCCGCAGGAUCGCGGUCGAGUACAGCGAAUCGGACGACGACUCCGAACUGGACGAGAACGAGUGGUCGGACUGAUCCCAGGGCAGAGCACUGCGCCAGGGUGCAGGGGGUCUCCCAAGUUCUGGCCACCGUUCCGCAGCCAGGUGUGUGUGACUGGGUGUCCCUGCAGGUAAAUUGUCGUGGUUUCCAGCAGCUCAUGUUCAGGAGCUUUGCUUUUGUGCCAUGUUGCGUUCUUGAACCUUUUUUUAACUUGGCCUCUUGGUGGGCAAGCGUGCAUUAGUGACUCUUGUCUUUGAAAAGCGUCUGUGGUGGGAGACCGAUGGCUCACCCGUUGCCCCCUCCCCAGGUGUGAAAAUGGCAGUCGAGCCUCUGAACAUGCUGGAGAAAAGACACAAAAGCCGCAUGAGUACCCAGUUGUGGGUUUCUGUGGCUUGCGAAAGCGGUCACAGCCAUAGCAACAAGCAGACGUAGGGUGUGAUUAAAUAAUAGCAAAGACAAUGUUGAUGUUUCAAGCAGAUGCACUUUCUAGACCUAAAUGUUCUUGGGGUGGGUGGGGAAAAGCCUUCCUUCUUGUGGAAAAUACCGCACUGCGGUUUCGCAGGUUAGGAGAAUGGCGUUCCCUUGAUUUUAAGCUUUCUCUGUUGCUUCCUGCACCUGCUCCUGGGAUCCGACCUGGGAUCCUCCAGUUGCGUUGGACUACAAUUCACAUCAGCCCCAUUCAGUGUGGCCAACACAUGGCUAGAGAAGGCUGGCCAGACUUUUGAUUAGUUCUAGAAAAAACGAGUCCUGCGUCACCUUCAAGACGAGCACAGGGACGGGCCAAGCUUUCGUGUGUCCCCAGGCGUCGUGUGUGUGUGGCCGCCUAAGGUGGCAGAGACCCUGAGUACAGAGGGGAAACCGAGUCGAAGCCAUGCUGAGGCAGUUCGCCAGGGGAGGUCAAGCAAAGCAAGGGGCAGCUGCUGUUGUAGGAAAGUGACACAAAAUGCGAUCCAGUCCAGUGAACGGGAGAUCAAUUGGCUUUAAAUGGGAAUUCCAAACUGCAAGCCUCCAGGGGAAAUCAGACCCCUUUGACUGCACUUUGAAACAGACAAACAAACCAAAAACCAGCUUCUGUACUCAGGGGUGCACAGAUAUCUAUCCCACGUAGGUGGCCGUUUGUGUAUGUGACAGGUGAAUUCCGGCCCACAACUGCAAAUAUCAUGUCAAAUGUCUCAAAUUGUAGGAUCCAACUCAUCUUGGCAAUCUGGUUGAUUUUCGAUUGUUACAUGUAGUUUUUCAGACAUUGCAAUGAAAAAAUUCGCACACACACACACAACUAUACAUUAAAUUCAAAAAGAUUAAGUCAGGUCCAUCAAAACUAGAAGAUUAUAAUAGGAAAAUUCUGACUUGGCCAGCUCAAAUUUACAAUACAUUGCUAACAUUACCCAGUCAAUUUAGCAAAGUUCUUCCCUUUCUCAGAACCAUACUCAAUGUGUAAGCUUCAUUGUAAAGAAUGUUUUUCAGGCCUGCAUUAACCAAUCAUUAAAGGACUCACGUUUUUACAAGCUAGAUAUCUGAAAAGAACAAAAGAAAAGCAAGCCAACACCCUCAUAUUCGCACCCAGUUUCCAGUUCCAUGUUUCUUUGGAAGUAAUCCGAGUUCCAUUGGGCUUGCUCCCAGUUAAGUGUGCAGCAGAUUAUAAACUUGCUCUUUUAAAGAACCAUGCACUAGCAUGGAAAAGCAGUCCAAGUGACUGUUGGGUGCCAUAUACCACGUCACUCUUAAGAGGACUUCCCAGGAGAACAUGAUGCCUGAAUCAGACCAAAAUUACUUGUGACAAGCUUGUUCCUUUUAUUUCAGUGGGAUCUGGGCUGCAAUCCCAUAUACACCACCCUAAGAGUAAGCCAUACUGAUUACUUUGGAAGCAACCUGCAUAGAACUACAGAACAUAUCAGGACUAACUUUAGUUGGAUGGAGGAAGUGUUAUUUUUGGGUCAAAGAUUUUCGGUAAGGUACGAAUGGUCUGCUUUCCAUCUCUCCACCAAUCAGUAAGAGAAACGGAGUGAUUUUUGCUGCUCAAAGACCUCCAGGUUGCUAUGUAAGCACUGCAGAUUUAGGCAAAAGCCCUGCAUCUCAGGUUCAGACAUAAGGCUUCUCUGGGUUCUGGGUCGUGGGUUAAGGUCCCAGCGAGGGACCCGUGGGCGCCUCCUGCUCUGUUUGGGAAUGCUGCAAAAAGAGAAGGGCAACACCCCUGCUAUUAGCCAGAACUGGUGCACAGGCUUGGAGAGUGGUCCUCUCAUGUCUCAUCUCCCCAAGAUGAAAAGAGAGUCUGCGUUGUACUCCCUGGAGGAGCAGGGCCAGCUCCAGGUCUUCUUCAGGGCUUCCACUCUUUGCUUGCUUGGUCUGGCCACAGCUGCUUUGGCCCGGAAGAGGAGAGCAGCUUCAGAUGGAGCAAUGGAUGCAUCCCUGUUUUGUGAUGGGCUGCACCAGCAGCCCCUCCCGAGAUAAGGGCGCCUCCUUCUCCGUGCAGUGGCAGAUGGGUUCGGCCCAGGACAUGUGUGCUCUGCGAGGGACGGUUGUGAACACGGGGUGUCCCUGUUCGCUGAAAGAAGCUUGCACCCGAGUGCCCUCACUUGGGUAUCUCCAUACGUUGCAAUUGUCCAUCUGCACCCGCUGGUGUGGGGCAGAUUCUCCUCGACGGGCAGCCUCCCCGUUCUUGCAUUAGACUGAAAGCUGCACCUUGUACUUGUGUGGAAGCUGUCACAACCUCACAAGUGUGGGACUUGGAAGUAUGAACCACAAGCUUCUCGGCGUAGCUCUUCCUCUUUUCCUAAGCAGGUCUUUUUCCUUGUCCAGAGGCGAGAGUUGAAGAUUCAGCGAGCUGGCAAUGCUUUGCCACAGUCUCCAAAGGCGGAGUUUGGUCUGAAUCAAAUUUCCCUUGGAACCCUUAGCUUGUUAGUCCUCACCAUAACUAGCAGGGCUUAAAGGACUUGCUACCUCUGAUGGCAGCCAAGGCAUAAGGACAGUGGGCAGAGCCCAAAGUUGUCGUGGUCAAGGCAGGGAGCCAGACAAGCUGCAAUUCGUUCACAUGGGCUGAGAAGCCCAGGGAAGUUCAGCUUCCAGUUCAAGGUGUGCGAUUCAGUGGUCCUGAUAUUUAGUUUUCAUUUAUUAUUUUAUUUAUUUGGGAUAUUUCUAGCCUGUCCAAUCACUUUUGUCUCUGGACGGCCCACAGCCGUAUGUCAGGGCACAUACCUUCUUUCUGGACCUAGAAGUGGCCGAGUAGCAGAGGUGGGAUGCCGGAAAGGGAGCAAAUUUCAUAGGGGGAGGAUUUGGCAUUCAAGGAUAAUGGGAGAGAGAUAUCAGCCCAGGUAGAAAUGGGAUGGGAUGGGUGCCAAUCCUUCCUAACCUCUGAAAGGCUUUGCGGGACAAAGUUGCUGUGGCUGAUCUCCAGGACAGUCCAUGGAGAGGGACUCCACUCAUCUCACCUCUACAGGAUAUUCUUUGAGUGCCCUGUUUGCUGAAUUCUGGAGGAUUAGGGCACUGACAGACAAAGCAAACUGCUUUUCUAGAGAGAGAGAGAGAGAGAGAGAGCAAGAGACACAGAGAGGGAUGAGUUCCACCACCCUUGUGGUCUGCCUUCUUAUUCCCAUGGAGCACCAUAUUUCUUCUGGCUGAUUAAUUUUCCAGCUAUUGCUCUAAGAUACCUUUAUGUUUUCUCAUUUGGAACCCCAAAGCUAGGCAGACCAAACAGUCUUUGCAGCCUGACCUUUCUUUCCAGCUCCAUCAGAUUGGAAGCAAGGAUGCCUUUGCUUGCUGAGCGUUGGAGCAGUGUCCUUUCCCCCACAAUCACAGCUUCAUGGUGAAAACAUUUGUCUAGAUCAGAGAAUCCAUACUUUCUCUGGAUUUCUGUAGUUUUCUCCCAUAUCAUACUUUCCCAGCAUAGUAUUCCCAACUGGAUGUUCUCCAGAUUUGUUGAAUUAGAAUUCCCACAAUGACCCAUGGCCUUACUGGCUCAGAAUUAUGGGAGCUGUAGUCCAAGACAUCAGGGGAGCACCCAGUUUGAGGAAGGCUUUUGUAAAACAUCAGAUCCGCAGAAUGACAGCAUGAUAUAAUAAACCACAUCAGGAGUAACACUGCUAAAUUUAAUUGCACAGUUGCAGCUGGACAGCAGAGACUUCACACUCAUUAAUACACACCAUGCCUGCUUCCUUGCUAAAUAUGAGCAAGCAGCAUUAUGCAAUCUUUCAUAGCCAGAACCUCAAAGGGGAUGACACAGAUCAUGAAAACGUGAAUAUUUAAAUAUUCCGUCUCACUUGAAUGCUAUUAACAGUCCAGUUCUGGGCACAGCUGAUAAAACCUUCCUUUUUGUCAAAGUCCUUCAAACGCUGGCUGGGCUGCACCACUGCAGCGGAGCCGGUGCUCCUCGGAAGGGGGGAUCCCAGAUUGCAGCGUGGAACCCAGCCUGGAUCGGUGUCCAUCUAGUGCCUCCUUUCACUCUGGUGAUUGGGCGUUGAUUGCAUUAAAAAGAGCAUUUGGAGGGAUUACAUAAGGGAGCUGAUAUUCCCCUUUCUAUACCAUGAUGAAAGGGAAUGCAAUUUCGUCCCACUUCGCAUCAAGUUCCCUCCCUCCCUCCACUUUAGGAAAACCUGAGCAAAAACGAAUAUACUGGCAUUGUACCUGGUAACUUGCCCCAGGCUGGGAUGCAUCCCAGUUGUCCUUGACUUGUCCAGUUGAAGCCCACUUCAGCCGUUCAGUAAAGCCGUGCAUUUUUGCUAGUAUGCCACAACUGUGCCUCAACAAUGACUUCACAAAGAGGACUGGCUUGCUCGCCACCUCUCCAGCUCCCAGCCCUCCGCUUCCCCCAGAUUCCUUCACUUCCCAUCCUUUACUGCACCGAAGGAAGCCAGAUGCCACGCCACCUUCAGGCCGUUCAUUGAUGGGCAGAGAUGGUGGGUACAUGCAAGAAAUCAAGCACGGAUGCUCUUGUGGGAGAAUCGCCCCACUUGACUUCUGCAGGCAGGACCGGGUUGCGCUGCCCGCCCCUUCUCUGCUCAGCUGCGCCCGCCAGCCCGUCCAGAUCCACAGCUGGUGUUGAGGGUUGGGGGAUUUUUCCUGGGACGUGUGGAUGCGCUGGCUUUUUCCAUUAGAGACGGUGGGGCUGUUCGUUCCAGGCCCGUGAUCCCAGGCUGAGAGAGACCCACCACCCUCUUCAUGGGCAGCAGGUUAAGUUCCCCGCACCCUGUCUGGGAGCCAGGAUGGUCCAGAGGACACACGCAUCCAUUGGCAAAUGCACAACUCCCCUUCUACUCUCCCUUGUGAACAGAGGGCCCCUUGUCAAGAUGUCCGUUUCCUGGCCCCCGGCCCCAGAACGGCCGUCAGCACCACCACGUUCCGCUCCUCUCAUUGCACGGGGAGGAUGAGCCCUUGCCCCACAUUCUGCCCGUGUGGUGAUGCUGCUAGUUUGCAGGCGUGAUUGAACUGAUACAUGGGAGAGGCUGCAUUCAGAUUUGCUUUUCAUAAAUCGAGUUGGUGCACUGGCUGCGUUUCAAUCUUUAAAUGGAAAUUUCUUGUGGGUGGAAGUUGCCCCCUGUUCAGGCUCAAUAGCCAGAGUAACUGCGGCCGUGGCUUGGCAGGGCUGGAAGGCGUUUGCCAGAUCCACAAUGGUAGCAGCAGCAGGAUGAGAAGAAAGCAGGUCCAGCGUCAGGUUUGCUGUGGCAGAUUUGGCCGAGCUUCCUGCAGUUGCUAAAACUGUGCCUCCUGAGCUCGGCAGAAGAACAUACGUGUUUCCAGCUAGGUGGGUCUGCCCGGUGAAGAGUGGGCUGGUGGACAGGAGAUCAGUGCCUGCUGAGAGCAAGAGCAAAGCUACUUAAAUAUCCUCACAAACUGCCUUGAAGACCAACAUAGUGGGAAACGGCUAUCACUUUGUUCAAAUAUUUUAUUUUUUUCUUUUUAAAAACGGAACAUGGUUCUAGGAAGCAGCAGGGCAGCACCAGGGUAGCAAAUGAGGGCUGAAUAGAACUGAAAUAAUUAGCCUGUUCAGCCGAUAAGUUCAUUUGCAUCGCUUGCCUCUUAUCUGUUAUUUUGAGGAAAACUCUGAGAUGAGAGAAUAUUUGGCACCGCCAAAUGUCGAGUGUUUGCAGUGACUGCUUAACAGCCAUUAUAGAUCCAACUUUGUCCCUGGGCUGUCAUUAACACACACUGCCCUCUUAUUCCUGCUUGGCCUGAUCAUGUGAAUUCCUUCCCCAAGGGCAAUAGAAAGACUCUUCCCUUGGAAUCUUGCAGUUCAAAGUAAAGAUCACAGAACCUGCACUGCACUUUAGAAGACUCAGUUCUCCGUCUCCAUCCUGUGUCCCUGCACCCCAUCCACAUUGUUACCGUGUCACUGCAGCGAAAGCGGUGACCGAUUCUGGACAGAAGCCAGAGCAGAAGUGAGGAGGGCUGGGGGACCGGUGGCAAAGCUUGCGUUCCCUGAGCCCCAGGACGAUGGGCUGGAGAAGAAGGGGGAUGGCAAGUCACUCCAGAAUCCUGAUGCUGCAGCCCGGGGUCCCCCAGGGUCCCCCGGGGCAACUCCACACUCAGCGGCGUGCCCCCAGUGUGUGAGGCUUCUUCCCCCUCGGCCCCUUAUGGCUGGGCGUGUUCCUGGCCUGCCCACCCAACCCCUCUGCCCCCAGGAAUGUUCUCUCUCUUCAGAGGUGCGUGUUCAGCCUCUCCAGUACCUGGCCAUGGGUUCCUGGCAGAGAGCAUUAGUGUGCCCCAGAUCUGGUUGAAGUCGCAAAGGCACUGGCUUUCUUGAGCCAGUACAACUGCAGUUUGAAGCCGCCGCGAAGAAGGUUGGAGGCAGCCGGGUCCCCCACAUGGGCCAGGCCUGUUGGGCCCUCCAGGGGCCCUGCCAGGCAGCCCCGGAGAUGCCCAGUCUUGUUCUAGCCUGGCCUUCUCCUCUGGCCCACCACCCUCUGUGCGUAGGGGUUUUCUUGCACUCAGAGAUGCAGGGCUGAAGAGGUCUGGCCGGGAACAACUUUGCUGCAGGAACGGCCAUUGGUGCAGUGGGGCCUCCAGUGACGCUGCUGCAGUGGCAGUGCCCGCCUCCCCGCUCUGGUCCGCUCAGCUCGUGGCGCUGCAUCCCACGGCGCAACAGGGCCAGGAUGAGUGGUGCGCCACAGCAUUGCUGAGGAAAGCAACCCCUCGUAGCUUCACCAGGGCACUUCUCUUCCCAUGCGCUCAAGAAGCAAAUGCAGAACUCUUCUGGUUCAGACCUUCUAACCCAGUGCCAGGAGAACCUGUGGCUCUUCGGAUGUUGUUGGGCCAUCAUUUCCAUCAUCCUUGUUCUGGCUAGGCCUGACUGGAGUUGUGGUCCAGGAACAUUUUGAGGGCCACACGUUCCCCAACGUCUCACUUAUACUCCUCUGGAGGAGCUCGCAUGCAGAGCAGCUAGGCAAAAGCCUCUCCUGUUGCAUGUUCCGAACAUGUGUUGUUUAGAGGGGCACACUGCUCCUGAACAUGGAGGAUCUAUGGAGCUUUCACAGGGCUCAGCCGUCAAGACCUAUCCUCCAUUUGACUUAUGGAAGCACCACAUACACCAAGCAAAGCCAGCGAUCCUUCGAAAUAUGUUGAUGCAUCUUCUGCUGAUAUCACAGCUUAGAUUUCUUUUUGAGAUAAGAAUUUUUUAAUAUUUUAUUUCUGCUCAAAAGGGGCAACUAACCGGAGAAACAAGGGGUCUAGCCAGUAUAUGGGGUUUUGCACAUGCUUCAAAGUAUUGAUUUAAUUGAUUCACAUUCUUAAUAGAACUGCUGAAAGAGCAACCAUACAAGAAGUUAUUCACUGUCUUAAUGAGGUGUUCUUCUAACCACGUGCAUUUAGUCAGUAGAUCAGUAAAUGUUUGCUACUUGUAUCUUAUCUACUGUGCAGAGUUUGCUGUUUGUAAAACAAGUAUUCCCGAUAUCGUGGGUUCUGCUUGUCCCAAUGCUGACAAAACAGGACCAACUGUAUGGUUGCAAAUGGAUUUUUCUUUUUUUCCUGCCUGUAGAAGAAAACCUAUAUGAGAUCUGGAAAAAAAAUGCUAGUAAUAAAUUAUGGUUCUUUUAUUUUUUUUCAAGACAUGUUGUACAACAUAAACCCAAGCUGUUGACACUUUAUGCAUGUUGAUAAUAGUAAUAAUGAUAAUAAUAAUACAGAAAAUAAAGAUUUUAAGAGGAUUUCUG